AUGCCGCCAAACGAUGCCGCACAAGGCUCCGGCGGCUUCAAGGCCAAGUCGGCCAAGGCCUUCCGCAAGCUGGUCAGCUACGAUGACCAGGAGUUUGCCCGCCUCGGCGUCCCGGUCGUCAGCACCUAUGACUACUUCCGUGACCUGGGCCGAGGGCCAGGGAACAUGCUGGUCGACUACUUCGACUCGCUCUUCCCCAUCCGGCACUGGCUGCCGUCGUACAACCUUCAGUGGCUCAUCGGCGAUCUCAUCGCCGGUAUCACCGUCGCCCUCGUGCUCGUGCCCCAGUCGAUGUCGUAUGCCAUCCUCGCCGGCCUCAAGCCCGAGUUCGGUCUCUACUCCUCGUUUGUCGGCGUCAUGAUCUACGCCAUCUUUGCCACCUCCAAGGACGUCACCAUCGGCCCGGUCGCCGUCAUGUCGCUCCAGACGUUCAACGUCGUCAACAGCGUUCUGGACAAGACCGACGUGUGGACUGCCGAGCAGAUCGCCUCGGCGCUCGCCUUCCUCUGCGGCAUCGUCUGCCUCGGCAUCGGCAUCAUCCGCAUCGGCUGGAUCAUCGAGUUCAUCCCGACGCCCGCCGUGGCAGGCUUCAUGACGGGAUCGGCCAUCAGCAUCGCCGCCGGUCAGGUGCCCAAGCUCCUCGGCCUGUCGAGCGUCAAGACCAACGGCACCGCCACCUACCAGGUCAUCAUCGACACGCUCAAGGCGCUGCCCAACACCAACCUCAACGCCGCCUUUGGCCUACCGGCGCUCGCCUUCCUCUACGCCUCGCGCUCCUUCUUCAAGUGGCUGCCCACGCGGUACCCGCAACUGGGCAAGACGGCCUUCUUCCUCACCGUCCUGCGCAACGCCUUUGUCAUCAUCGUCUUCACCAUCGCCAGCCGCGUCUGGGUGGGCCAGUACAAGGACCCGAAAAAGUACCCCAUCAGCAUCCUCAAGACGGUGCCCCGCGGCUUCCAGCACAUCGGCCAGCCCACCCUCGACACGCAGCUGUUUGCCGACAUGGCUGGCCAGCUGCCCGUCUCGGUCAUUGUGCUGCUCCUCGAGCACAUCGCCAUCGCCAAGUCGUUUGGCCGCCUCAACAACUACAAGAUCAACCCCAACCAGGAGCUCAUCGCCAUCGGCGUCACCAACCUCGUCGGACCGUGCUUUGGCGGCUACGCGGCCACCGGCUCCUUCUCGCGCACCGCCAUCAAGUCCAAGUCGGGCGUCCGCACGCCGCUGGCCGGUUGGUUCACGGGCAUCCUCGUCCUGAUCGCCAUCUACGCCCUGACCGGCACCUUCUACUGGAUCCCCAACGCCGUCCUCUCGGCCGUCAUCAUCCACGCCGUCGGCGACCUCAUCACGCCGCUCUCGGUCACCUACAAGUUCUGGCUGAUCAGCCCGCUUGAGAUGAUCAUCUUCCUCGCCGCCGUGUUUGUCACCAUCUUUUCGAGCAUCGAGAACGGCGUCUACACGUCGGUCGCGGCAUCGCUGGUGCUCCUCCUCGUCCGCAUCGCACGGCCCCGAGGCAGGUGGCUCGGCGUCGUCCGCGUCCACCACGGCACCACGUCGCCCGACCAGUCGACCGUCACGCUCUCGCACCGCGACGUCUUCGUUCCGCUGGACGACAAGGACGGCCUGCGCGACCCGUCGAUCCGCGUCGAGGCGCCGCCGCCCGGCGUCCUCAUCUACCGCUUCGAGGAGGCCUUCACCUACCCGAACGCGUCGCACCUGGCCGACCUGCUCAUCGAGAAGGCCAAGGUCGAGACCCGGCCCGGACGGCCGCUCGACUACGCCAAGCCUGGCGACCGUCCCUGGAACGACCCGGGCCCGGCGAACCCCGCCUUCAGCAAGCUCGCCAACUGUGUCAAGCGCCGACGCGACGGCAAAGAGGCCGACGCCAACGUCGACCUCACCGACCGCAGGCCGCUGCUCAAGGCCUUCAUCUUUGACUUUUCCUCGGUCAGCAACGUCGACACGACCUCGAUCCAGACGCUGGUCGACGUGCGCGCCGCGGUCGAGCGCUGGGCCGACGCCAAGGUCGAGUUCCACUUUGCCAACAUCCUCUCGCCCUGGAUUCGCAGGGGCCUGCUUGCCGGCGGCUUCGGAACGGGUCUGGCAUCGCGGCACAUUACCGAGGUGGCGCCCGUCGUUUCGCAGCGCGAGGCCACCACGCUGCCGCCCAAGGAGCAGCGCGAGCGCGAGCAGGCCGAGCGGGAACGCCGCGCACGCGCCAUUCAGCGGGCCCUGUCGGGCAAGGACGUCGACGAGCACACCUACCCGUCGUCGGCCGCCGCCACCGCCGCUGCGGGCAUCGCCCCCGAUGUCAAGUCGCCCUACGUGCUCGAGGAUAUCGAGGCCGAGGGCUCGUCUUCGCCUUCGAGGGACAGCAUCGAGAAGAGCCUCGAGGAGGGCAGGACUGGCGGAACCACCGAAGACGGCCACGACGCCAAUGCCGGGCGGCCGGGACCGCGGGAUAGCCAGAUUUCGAUCCCCAUCAUCUGGGGCAACGACCUGACUCCCUUCUUCCACCUCGACCUGAGCGCCGCCCUCGCCGCGGCCAGCGUCGGUGUUGAGGCUUCGCGUCAGCAGCAGCAGCAGCAGCAGUAG